AUGAUGCCAGAGUCAGAGCUGCAAGAUUUGCUUGUCCAGCUCGCCCGAUUCUACAGAGCAAAUGAGACCAGCAUUUCGGCUUCUCGGAACCUGAGUACUGAUACAUCUUGCCCUUCUUCAAUUGCAAGACUAGACUGCGGGCCUUCAGUCACGGCCGCGAGGGCGACGUCUGCAAGAACUGCGAGAGGCCGUGCCCGACAGCACUCAUUGUCUGCUAUUUCGCCUUCUGGCUGUGGUCGCCGGCGAAGGUCAUCCCAGCAUCAGGAAGUGUUCUCUUCCGUUUCCGAAAGGGAUGACGAUCAACUGCCCAUUGGCAGCCCCAGAUCAGUGGAAUUCAAUACUAGUAGCCCAAAUACUCCUUGUUCGCAUUUCGAUACAAACACAACCACUGCGUCGCCGGCUACGGGAGAAACAACGCCUCUACACGUUGCGACCGAGGACGAUGACACCUUUGGCACACUUGAAUUCUCGCCAAGUACGAGACUGCUUUUGGAGGGCUGCAAGACAGACCGCGGAAGGUUCUUGCGUGAGAUCGAAGAAGCAAGGACGGCCCUCCCAACGGGGCAGGGCUGGGAGGCCGCGAUAGCCACAAAAGAAGACAAUGCUGACUUGCGUGACCGUAUGAAGAUUUACCAUCGAUUUGAAUGCUACAACAUCUACAAGCACGUUGUCGAGGCCGGCUAUCAUACCGGCACCCACUGGAUCCGGGACAUGCGCACUUCACUAGCGAACAAGCUUUGCCAAGACUUCCCCCAGCGGUUUCCCGACCAAAAGUCUGUGAAAAAGAGUUUGAACUGGGUUGACCAGGGUUGCAAGUAUCAUGAAUGGGCCGGCCAAUUCCGAAGUGAAGGAACUGCAUUGGGUUAUCUUAUUGCAUUACCUUUAGAUGUGCCCCACUCAGCGUAUGCUUCUCCCCUUAUCCCCCUUCCACGCAAAUCAGUCUCAACAAGACCUUCCAGAUAUACAUCAAGAUGCACCCAAGAGCGAAUGCACGCAACAGCCUUCAAACUGAAAAGUCUUGGAAUUGACGACCUCGUGAGGGACCUUGAGCUUUCAGAAUUGGGCAACCACAUUGCCGCGACACUGCGGGAUCUGACAACCAGAAAGCGCAAGGACUUUGAUGAAGACGUGACCGAGGGUUCUCGCAAGUUACCGCGGUUAACGGCGAUCUCCAGCCCAUCACCGAGUCAUGCCUUAGCUGUCCAGCCUGGCCAAAACCCUACGCCCCCUGAGUCGCUAGCUGCCAGCUGGGACGGGAAUAAUAACUCUGCGCUGGGAAUUGAAUACUCAGUUGACCCCCACCAUUUUGGUCAGCCGACGAGUCUUAACGUCUGUCGCUCUAUAGCAGAGACCUAUGCGGUUCCAUAUAAUAGUCCAUUUAACAUCGGUACGUAUGAUCCUCCUGUGUCCUCAAUUCUGCAUGCCAACCGGAAAACAGUGGAUCUGAGCCCAUCCGCCUAUUCAGGGCUACUUCACAGUCCUGACUAUAAUGCCGCGCUGGAGUCCUUUGAUGAGUUGUAUCGGGAUGCGAGUUAUACCGAGGACAUGUCGGAACUAGAACCACUCCUCACAUUCAUCUGCAGCAUAGGAAGCCCUUCCAAUUGCGGGAAAUAA